AUGGCAAUAUUUGCAAUUAUAAAGGUGAGCAAAGACAAAAGUUCAGUUACGUGUGUGAAGUUUUUGGAUGAGAGCCACAUCAUAACCGCAUCAUUAGAUCUGAUGCUUCAAAUUUGGAAGGUUGUUAAGAAAGGAGCUGUUAAUUUAGAGCAAGAAAAUAAAACCUCUUGUUCUAGGCCAUCUGUUGCUUUAAAUUAUGAGUUAAAGUUUAAAAGAAUUAUAAUUUUAACGCAUAUAUUUAGUUACAACUCAAAUAGAAUGCAGGGUCAGUUUAUCUUUACAAUUUUGAAAGGUCGUACCACCUCUGGCAGCGGCCGUGUAUCAACUACCUGCCUGCCGAUUGUCACAAUAGUAACUGCAGUCAGGAAUCUGAGCAGAUGGACUGGGAAGAAGGCGUAUUUAACUUGUAGCUCGAUAGAUUUUCAACAAAAUUCAACGCACCUGACGGUCGGAGGGAUGUCGAACUUUUCUUACAAGUGCACGUUUAAUGAUUCACUCGAUGAUAAGAAGAUAUGUUUUAAGUACUUUUUUCUCAUGUACAAGUACUCAGAUCCCAAGUGCAAGUACUCAGAUCUCAAGCACAAGUACUCAGAUCUCAAGUACAAUUACAAGUUGUUCUGGAAUGGCCAAAAGACAGCCCAAAUUGGAGUGGGAAUCUUCAUACGGGAAUCACUGGCACAAAGUGUACUGGAGGAAACUCGAAUCAGCUCACGCCUAAUGCUGAUUAAACUCAGAAUGGGAAAACAGAUUCUGAUUGUUUUCUCUGCAUAUGCCUCACAGACCGGUGAAUCUGAAGACGCCAAAAAUGACUUCUGGAACACACUCUCAGAUGCCGUCAGGAAAACACCAUCAUCAGAGAUACCAUUGGUAUGUGGCGACCUCAACGGCCAUGUUGGAGAGAAAACAAAUGGCUUCCACGGUGUCUAUGGAGGCUUUGGCUACAGGUCUCAAAACGAAGACUGUGUACAGAUUCUGGAAUUUGCUGAAAAAGCCAUGAACUCUCCCUGUUGA